UUUCCCUCCGCCUUCCCCGGUGCCCCCCGGCCCGGAAUGUCCACCUUUGGCCUGGCCCCCCAGGGGGCUGCGGCUGCUGGAACCUUCUCGAAUUCCCAACCAGAGCGCGCGUACCUGCAGGUACAAGAGAACGUGGACGUCCCCGUGUCCGCCCGGGACCUGGCCGCCCUGGACCGGAGCUGGGACCUUCUCACCGACCUCUUCCUCUCCAAGUUCGGCUGCGUCCUGGUGGCGACCCCGGCCGCGGAGGAGGCGACCGGCCUCGUGUACCGGGCGACGCUGCCGGGGGCCGUGGAGCUGACCGUCUGGAGGGCGGACCUGACCCGCCACGCGGUGGACGGGGUGGUCAACGCCGCCAACGGGCGGCUGAGGCACGUCGGGGGCCUGGCCGGGGCCCUGGCCCGGGCCGGGGGGCGGGAGGUGACCGAGGAGAGCGAGGCCUGGGUGCGGAAGCACGGCCCCGUCCCCCCGGGCGGCUUCGCCGUCACGGGCCCGGGCCUGCUCGGCUGCCGCCUGCUGCUCCACGCCGUGGGGCCCGUCUGGACGCCCGCCGACCCGGACCUGUGCACCCGACGGCUCCGAAGCGUCGUGGCCGAGGUCCUGGCCUACGCCGACCGGCCGGAAAACGGGCUGAGGUCGCUGGCCUUGCCCGCCAUCAGCUCCGGCAUCUACGGCUUCCCGCUGGAUCUCUGCGCCCGGGUGAUCGUGGCCACCGUGGCCUCCUUCUUCGUCCAAGGCCGGAAAGGGGGCGGGGGUCUGCGCGAGGUGCACCUCGUGAGUAACGAGGACCCCACGGUGGCCGCCCUGCGGAAGGAGGCCGAGGCCCGGCUGGGCUCCGGGCUCCGGAGGCCGACGACCCCCGGCCGGGCCCGCGGCCGGGAGCACGAGGCCUUCCGAGCUGAGGCGCAGAGCUCGCCCCGGACCCCGGCGGGACAGCGAGGGCAGCGCGGUGGAGGGGCCGUCGGGCCGCGGCUGGAGCUGGCGGGGCCCAGCGUGGAGGUGCGGGAGGCGGAGGCCUGGCUGCGGAGGCUCCUGGAGGCCCUGCGGAACGAAGGCCUGGACGGCCAGGUGGUCGUGGAAGACCCCCUGCUCCUCUGUCUGGGGGCGGCGGAGCACGCGGCCCUGGGGCAGCUGCAGGCCUCGGUGGGGGUGUCGCUGACCGAGCACGUGGGCGACGGCCGGGCCCGGCUGGUGGUCAGGGAGGCCGGCGGGGCGGCCGCCGGCCUGCUCGCCGCCACGCUGGACGUCGAGCGUCUGCUGCGCGACACGAGGACGGAGUGGAUCCGGGAGAAGGAGGCCGAGCUCUGGAACCUGGCCGGGUUCCGGCCCCCCGCCCCGACGGAAGGAGACCCGGUGUUUCUGGAGGAGGUGGAGGAGCCGAAGCAAAAAAUCAGGGAUUGGAAGAAGCAGUUCGAGAAGGCCGGGCUGCAGAUCUUAAAGGUGGAGAAGGUGCUGAACGGGGCUCUGGAGGCGUCCUUCGAGCUCAGGAAGGAUGCGGCGUGCGGGCGGAGCGGCGGCCAGCCCGACACCGAGAAGCUCUACCAGCCCGUGCCGUGGUUUGCCCGCGGGCUGGUGGCCCGGGUGGGCUUCCAGAGGCUGCUGACCGAGCCCCCGGAGCCGCAGCUGGGAGCCGGCGCCUACUUCGUCCGGGAGCCGGGCCGGCUGGUGGCGGACGGGCCCUGGGCUCGGGCCUUCGGCGCGGACCCCCUGCUCCACGUGUUCGAGGCCGAGGUGCUGACCGGCGCGUCCGGGCCCGGCCGGGAGAGCCUGACGGCCGCCCCCGCGGGCUGCGACAGCGUGACCGACGGCUCGGGCACCUUCGUGGUCUUCGGCCCCGCCCGGGCCCUGCCCCGCUACCUGCUGACCUGCGCCCGCACCCGGGCCCGAGGCCCCGCGCCCCGGCGGCCCCACCGGCCCGCGCCCUGACCCUCCGUCGCCCGCUCCCGGACGACGGCCGGACGGACCCCUCCCCCGGGGCGUCGGGGGAUCGUCGAUCAUCGAUCUCGGCGCCGGGGGAGACGCGGGGCCGUCGGGCGGUCCCCCGGGGGGCUCACGGCCUCCCUUCCCGUUUGGCAGAUGA